CUUAACGUCAAACUCCUCCCCUAUCAGCAAUCACAUACCACGAGCAGGCUGGAGAUACGGAGCUGUAGUAGUAAGCAAGAGGCCAGCAGGAGAGAGAGUGGGAGACACCGUCACCGAUCACACGGAAGAGAGAGAGAGAGAGAGAGAGGACCCGCGGAACACGCUCACAACCGAAACACUGCAAGACAGGAGUGUCCACUCCACAUCACGCAUUCAUGGCACUGUGUAACGGGGAUAGCAAGCUGGAUAUCGUUGGAGAACCUAAAGAUGGUUUAUGUUCUUACGAGGGUGCCGUGGUGAUCCUAGACGCUGGAGCACAGUAUGGGAAAGUGAUUGACAGGCGGGUACGAGAGCUGUUUGUCCAGUCUGAGAUUCUGCCUCUGGAGACGCCAGCCUUCGCCAUCAGAGAGCAGGGUUUCAGGGCCAUUAUUAUAUCUGGAGGGCCAAACUCUGUUUAUGCUGAAGAUGCACCCUGGUUUGAUCCAGCCAUAUUCACCAUCGGAAAACCAGUUCUCGGAAUCUGCUAUGGAAUGCAGAUGAUGAAUAAAGUCUUCGGAGGCACGGUGCACAGGAAGAGUGUGAGGGAGGAUGGUGUUUUUAACAUUGCGUUGGACAAUUCCUGCUCUCUCUUCAGGGGGCUGCAAAAGGAGGAACCUGUUCUGCUGACACAUGGCGACAGUGUCGACAAAGUAGCUGAAGGAUUCAAAAUUGUUGCGCAGUCUGGAAACAUCAUUGCAGGCAUUGCUAAUGAGCAGAAGAAACUUUAUGGCACUCAGUUUCAUCCAGAGGUUGAUCUGACUGAGAGGGGGAUGGACAUGCUACGCAACUUCCUGUUUGAGAUUGCCGGCUGCAGCAGUAACUUUACCGUACAGAACCGUCAGAUGUCUUGCAUCAGGGAGAUUAAAGAGAAGGUGGACAAAUCCAAAGUUCUGGUGUUAUUGAGCGGCGGUGUGGAUUCCACUGUGUGCACGGCCCUGUUGAAUAAAGCCCUAAAUCAGGAGCAAGUGAUUGCUGUUCACAUCGACAACGGCUUCAUGAGAAAGAGAGAGAGUCAGACUGUUGAGGAAGCAUUGACUAAACUCGGCAUCAAACUCAAAGUUGUAAACGCAGCACACACCUUUUACAACGGCACAACGACCCUGCCAAUAUCAGAAGAGGACCGCACACCCAGGAAACGCAUCAGCAAAACGCUCAACAUGACCACCAAUCCAGAAGAGAAGCGGAAGAUCAUUGGGGAUACAUUUGUAAAAGUGGCGAAUGAGGUGAUUGGAGAGAUGAAUCUGAAGCCAGAGGAUGUGUUCUUGGCACAAGGAACGCUCAGGCCAGACCUUAUCGAGAGUGCGUCUCACCUUGCUAGCGGCAAGGCAGAAAUGAUUAAAACACACCACAACGACACAGAGCUCAUCCGCAAACUCAGAGACGAGGGUAAAGUAAUCGAACCACUGAAGGAUUUCCAUAAGGAUGAAGUCAGAGCACUAGGUCGAGAGCUGGGACUCCCUGAAGAGAUCGUCUCCCGACACCCCUUCCCUGGUCCAGGUCUGGCCAUUAGAGUGAUCUGUGCUGAUGAGCCUUACGUCUGUAAAGACUUCGCUGAGACCAACAACGUCCUGAAAAUCAUCACAGACUUCUCUGCCAGUGUCAAAAAGCCUCACACGCUUCUUCAAAGAGUGAAGUCAUGCAUAUCAGAUGAGGAGGAAGAGAAACUCAUGCAGAUCACCAGCCUUCAUUCACUAAAUGCCUUUCUGCUGCCAAUCAAAACUGUCGGUGUACAGGGUGACUCCCGGUCAUACAGUUAUGUUUGUGGGGUGAGCAGUAAAGAGGCCCCUCACUGGGAUUCACUGAUGUUCCUGGCCAGACUCAUUCCUCGGAUCUGUCACUCCAUCAACAGAGUUGUUUAUGUCUUUGGGUCACACGUAAAGGAGCCGCCCGCUGACAUCACGCCCACCUUCCUGACCACUGGUGUACUGAGCACGCUAAGACAGGCUGACUUUGUAGCACACUCCAUUUUAAGGGAGUCCGGCUACUCAAGUAAAAUCAGCCAGAUGCCAGUCAUCCUCACCCCACUGCACUUUGAUCGUGAUCCGCUGCAGAAGCAGCCGUCCUGCAGACGGUCCGUUGUCAUCAGAACCUUCAUCACCAGCGACUUCAUGACCGGCAUCGCCGCUACUCCAGACAACCAAAUCCCUGAAGAGGUGGUUCUCAAAAUGGUCAACGAGAUCAAGAAAAUCCCCGGCAUCUCAAGGGUGAUGUAUGACCUGACGUCCAAGCCACCGGGAACCACCGAAUGGGAGUAGAGCAUUGGACUAUUGUACCUUCUGAUUUAUCCUUGUCGACUCCUCUUCUACCUCCCCCUUUCCCAGUACUGUAACAUUCCCCCCAAACCCCUUUUCUCCACUCCCGCGCCCCCCCUUUAGGCACGCCGCCCUGUCAUUGUCCCACUGAGACCGGAACAUUCCCUACAAUGGCAGGUUGUACUGUGAUUGGCGCUAAGCUGACAUCGCUACUUCAGUUCGGCCUCUUUAUUUGGGGUCGGUUGUAAUAUUAUUGGUAUUAUAAUUGUUGUUAUUGUCCUCUUCACUGAGAAUAAUAAUGAUGAUACAUUGAAUUAGUUUUUUGUAUCAGCUCUCUGUGUUUAAUGCAUUGUGACAGGUCACUCCUCCAUACUUUCUGUUGUCAGCUGUCCAUGUGCAGCACGACACGAACAAAACAACUUUGUUUUUUAAGCAAGUCCACUGAUUCAAGGAUAAAGUGUUGCCGCUUUCUGCCUUUAAAAGCUUGUUUUCACUAUCCCAGUUUGUGCAGUGUUGAUUUCGGUUUGGAUUUCUUACCUGAACUCUGGCAGGUGAAGUCUAGCAGUAGUCUAAAAACCGUGACCAAUCAAUGUUUAUUUGCCAAAUACAGAAGAGGUCAGACAGCCGCUCUUUGCGCUGUGGACGGGUUGGUUUAUCACAGAGGUUUUGCUGUGAAGGAGACUCCUAAAUCUGGAGGCUUCCUGAAAUUUGUGCCUGUUUUCUUUUUUUGGUUACUUUGUUUUUUUCAGGGAUGUGACUUUAUUUUAUGCUGCAUUAUUUUUUUUUCUCAUUUCACGAAAAGGAUUAUUAAUAUUUGAAUAGUGACAAGUAUGGAAGCUUGUUUCCGACAUGAAACAAAAAAUAAAGGUAAUUGCGACUUUUCAUCUUACAAUUCUGACUUUUUUUCCUCAGAAUUGCAAGAUAUAAACUCAUAAUUGUGAGCUGUAAAGUCAGAAUGGCGAUAUAAACUUGCAAUUGCGUCUUAAAAAGUCAGAAUUGUGAGUUUAUCGCAAUUCUGACUUUAUAAGAUGAAAUUGCGAGUUUGUCGCAAUUCUGAGAAAAAACUAAAUUGUGAGUUUAUAUUGCCAUUCUGACUUUAUAACUCGCAAUUCUGACUUUAUAACUCGCAUUUGAGUUUAUAUAUUGCAAUUCUGACUUCAUAUGACGCAACUGUGAGUUAUAAACUCACAAUUGCAUGGUAUAAAGUCAGAAUUGUGAGUUUAUAUUGCAAUUCUGACUUUAUAACUCGCAAUUCUGACUUUAUAAGAUGCAAUUGCAAGUUUAUAUCGCAAUUCUGACUUUAUAACUCGCAUUUGAGUUUAUAUAUUGCAAUUCUGACUUUAUAUCUCGCAAUUCUGAGAAAAAACUCGCAAUUGCGAGAAAAAAAGUCAGAAUUGUGAGAUAAAAAGUCGCAAUUAACUUUUUCACUUUUUUAUUUAGUGGCGGAAACAAGCUUCCAUAGCGUAAUAUUUUAAAUGAUUUUGCCUGGGCUGGUCUUAUAAACGCAUAAGAUCAACAGUGUACUUAUUUUCACCAAUAAAGGCCUUGGUAUUUUUUGCGCUAGGUAGAGCAAUAGUGUUUCCGAAGGCAAAUGAAAGGAGAUUAACAGAGGGAGGAAGAACAGGUGAUUGACAGGACACGACCUGAGGGCAAAGUACGCCAAGUCCUUUUGAGCCAAGUUGGGCUUAAUUGAAUUUGGACCAUGAGUUACUGUCAACGCUGGAGUCCUCCUGUGUGUGUGGCCUCGUUUUUAAUAUUCCACUCCUUUAACAGAAGCGUGAUCUUGUAUGUAUAGAGAGACGGGGCUUUGAUUGGGCUCAAAUGGAGAUCGGUGUCCGGCCCUCCGUCUAAUUUAUGAUGUAGAGAAUUGUUGUGAUAUGAUUUACAUGCUCGGUAUUUAUUGUCUUCAAGGAUUUCAUUUCAAAACCUUCUGUUGUCACGAUAGCAAAAAAAAACUCAAUGCAAGACGAACUUACUCCCUUGUCUUAAUUGCUCUUAAUGUCUUUUUCUCAGUGUCACAUUUAUCAUGUGUAUAUUUUACUUGUCUAUUAAAAAUACAACUAACAAGUUUAAAUUCCUAGUGGGUAAACUGCAAUAUUACAUGAUAUUCAGUUUAAUUUAUGCAAUUCUAUGUUGACCCCCCUCUUUUUUUUUUUUUUUUUUUUGUCUAAACAAGAACAAUGCUGUUUUACCUUAGUAUUGUGCCUCAGACCAAGCCACCGCAUGCAGUUUGAAACUGAUAUUUGUAUAAUGCAAACUGAGCUUUAAUAAAGAACUCUGUGUUCAGAUUUCUCUCA